AUGCUGGCCCAAAGGGUCGGCAGAGGAGUGUGUGGAGGAGAAACCCCGGCACUGCUGGGGCAGCGACUCUCCAAGUGCUCGCUGUCGAAGUGCACCAUGUCUGAAAUGGAGCGGAAGGCUCCCGACUCGAGGGAACAAGCAUGCAUGCUGUGUGGCCGGGCAGAUGCUGACCCAAAUAUCUGCGGGCCCAUACGCGAAAGGAAUGGGCUCUGUGCCCACGUUUUUUGUCUGUUUCUUGCGAAUGGCCUUUAUCGGCCUGGAAACCUACAGGAGGGAAUUUUGGGAUUUUUACUGGAGGAUAUACAGCACACAAUCAAGCGGGCAUCCCAGAAGCAAUGCUUCGUUUGUGGCGAGCGAGGGGCCACCAUCACCUGCACGGAGACGGGCUGUGAACGCAGCUUCCAUCUCCCCUGCGCCUCGGAGGGAGAAUGUGUCACCCAGUUCUUUGGGCAGCACAGGUCCUUCUGCUGGGAGCACCGCCCUCAGCAGGCAGUGCAGGCAGCUCCAGAGCAGGACACCACCUGCAUCAUCUGCAUGGACCCUGUGGGGGACAGCAAGUCCUACCACACCAUGGUGUGCCCAGCCUGCAGUCACGCCUGGUUCCACCGGGGCUGCAUCCAGGGACAAGCUGUGUGCGCAGGCAUUCUCUGCUUCCAGUGCCCCAUCUGCAGAAACAGGGGGGAGUUUUGUUCAGAAAUGUUCGUCAUGGGGAUCCGAGUCCCAUUCAGAAGACCAACCUGGGAGAACAACGACGCCUUUGCAUCACUGCGAGAGAGGCACCAGCGCUGUGAUGUCAGCGAAUGCCUUUACCCACAAGGCAGGGAGCAGGCGGAGGGACAGGGGCCCUGGCAGCUGCUCCUGUGCCGCUCCUGUGCUGCCGAAGGCACCCACCGGCGCUGCUCCAACUUGACCAACAGCGCAGGCACCUGGGAGUGCGACAGCUGCGCUGGCGUGGGCACCGCCUCCAGUGCCAACCUGGGGCUCGCCGGCCCCAGCACCUCCAGUCCAGAGCCUCUGGGGCCCUCCCGUGGCUCCCCAGCACCUGAAAGCAGCAGCCUCAGCAGCGCCAGCAGCCAGGCAGCACCGGGGCCAUCCCACAGUUCCCAGGUGACUGAGAGGAGGCGGCCAGGGACAGAACAGAGGACAAUCUGCCAGCCUGUACAUCAGGCCCAAGACACCUGCCCCAAAUACCCAGAGGCAGACCCGAAGACGGCAUCGGAGCAGAGCUGCUACAACCCCCAGUGCUCAGAGCAGCAGCGACAGCAGCAGCAGCUCUGCCAGUGGAACAGCACCAGGAACCUCCAGUCGCUCCACGGUGCCCAAAGGCAGACACCCCGCCAGCCAGCGGGGGCGACCCCGGACGAGAAGCCGCUCACCGCUGGAACGUCCAGCCCCAGAUCCCCAGAGCCGGCCCCGAAGACGCCGCAGGAGCAGCCGUGCACCACAAACUGGUGCUGGGAGCAGCAGCAGCACCAGAUCUGCCAGGCGGGCGGCAUCGGGGUCCCCCAGGUCGGCAGAGGAGCGUGUGGAGGAGAAACCCCGGCACUGCUGGGGCAGCGACUCUCCAAGUGCUCGCUGUCGAAGUGCACCAUGUCUGCAAUGAAGCGGAAGGCUCCCGACUCGAGGGAACAAGCAUGCAUGCUGUGUGGCCGGGCAGAUGCUGACCCAAACAUCUGCGGCCCCAAACACAAAAGGAAUGGGCUCUGUGCCCACGCGUUUUGCCUGUAUUUUGUGGAUAGCCUUUCACGGCGUGGAAGCAUGCGCAAACACAUAGAGGGGUACCGUCCUGACGACAUCCGAUGCGCGAUCAAGCGGGCAUCCCAGAAGGUGAGGACCUGA